UGGACGCCUACACGACUUCAACCUUCCCAGAAAACAACUCAAAGACCGUGCCUAAUGCAACCCAUGCCGACUGACCCACAGCGAAACCGAUAAAGAAGAAGAUACUGAACUUCUGCUUACAAGUGAAACUUUUGAAAACACGACUUUUGUGUAUUGCCGCGGUAUCAAGAUCAGCCUGCCAGCAGCAUUUUCCCGAAGAUCCAAUUUUGGGUUGUCAUUUCCUGGAAUGGAAGCGCAUCAUUGAGAGGAGACGUCAUCAUGGAAGUGGUCAUCAGCAGCAGCCCCAGCAAACACAACCAGUCAGCCUUGUUCACUGCCGUAUUCAAUUCCAGCUGUUACUUUGAGGAGGAGUUUAAAUACAUCCUGCUCCCUGUAUCCUACAGUCUGGUGUUUGUGGUGGGCUUCGUGCUGAAUGCUAUGGCUUUAUGGAUGUUCAUGAAGAUGCGUCCAUGGAACCCCAGCACGGUGUACAUGUUCCACCUUGCCCUGUCAGACUUCCUGUAUGUUCUCUCCCUGCCUACCCUCAUUUAUUACUAUGCCAAUCGCAGCCAUUGGCCCUUUGGUGUAGCUGCCUGCAAAAUAGUGCGCUUCCUGUUCUACGCAAACCUCUACUGCAGUAUCCUCCUCCUCACCUGCAUCAGUGUGCACCGUUACCUUGGAAUCUGCCACCCCAUUAAGGCUCUGACCCUGGUGAAGUCCCGCCAUGCCCACAUGGUGUGCGGCCUGGUGUGGGCCGUGGUGACCGUGUGUCUGGUGCCGAACCUCAUCUUCGUCACCAUAUCCACGAGGGACAACAUCACCUUGUGCCACGACACAACCAGUCAGAAUGCUUUUAGGAGGUAUGUGGACUACAGCUCUGUUGUCAUGGUGCUGCUAUUUGGCAUCCCUUUCCUGGUCAUCAUGGUGUGUUACUGCCUGAUGGCGCGGGCCUUGUGCCAGAAAAGACCGGUCUCUACCAGCAGGCAAGGCGCCGCCUCACGUAAGAAGUCCAUCAAGCUCAUCAUAGUGGUGUUGGUGGUGUUUGCUGUGAGCUUCGUCCCAUUUCACAUCACACGGACCAUCUACUACAUCACCCGCGUUCUGAAUCAGCCUUGUUAUUUACUCAACAUUGUCAACUUUACUUACAAAAUCACCAGGCCGCUGGCGAGCAUUAACAGCUGCAUUGACCCGAUUUUGUAUUUCCUGGCUGGAGAUCACUACCGCUCCAAAAUGAUCUCUGUUCUGACAAGAAAAAGACAGACGACAAGCAGCCAAACACUUGACGAGGCACAAAUACAACCGAACAACAACACUGGCAUUGCUCUGGUCUAUAAAAACACGAAAGCCAAAGAAAAGGAUGAGAGAUGAACUGUUAUAUUUUAUCUUUUCAGGAAUCUAAAGCAUUAAACAUGUAUUUAAGAGUGCUGCAUUUCUUGCACUUCUUCUUCUUUCUUGCACUAACAUUACCAUCACCUGGGUGAUUUUCACUUUUUUGAGAGAUUUGGAAGAUUUUAUUGUAAAAUCUACGGAAAGUAUGUUUUCAUUCGAUGACAUUUGUGUUAACAGAUGUAAAGAGAAGUGUUUUAAUUCUCCUCAUUUCCUUGCAUUUGCCAUGUUUGUAAGACAAAAAGUGUUGUUGUUUUUUAAAUCAGGGAGUUUGUACCCUUUCCUCAGCAUACAACCUCUUAACAAAAAGGGAUUCUUUAACAAAAUGGUAAUACACAGUAUAUAAAGUAUAUGUACUGAAGUAACUGUAAGCAAAGCCUUUUUAUUGAGAAAAUGGUGCUUAUGCAGAAGAAAAGCUUUAUAUUAUGUAAGUAGUGACUUGGCACAAGUGAUUACAGGUGCCAUAAAAUCAUAGAUGAUUCAGUUAGUGAAUUAUUAUCAUCUGAUCAAGGAGAGGUAAAUGGAAUAUGGCAAACGGUAGUAUAAACAUUUAUCUUGAUAUCUGACCAGGAAUAACAUAUAUUUUGGAUAUUUUCUUAGAAAUUAGACAGUUAUGAUGUAAUCCUUCCUGUUGUAUCAACAAUGACAUUGAGUUACCCAGAAACUGCGGCUCCGACCAGUGCAGCCCAGCUGUUUUUGUCCUUCAGUAUUCACAGCUGUCUUUUGCUCAGCCAUGAAGAAAAGCAGAGGGGCUGAUCUGGACGAGAUGGAGCUUUUCAAACCACCCACGCCUCAUUAGAGGGAUAAGGGAUUUUCCUUUUUUGCUUUUACCUUUGGCGUUGAUACAUGGAAUUAAAAAAGUAUUUUUUUAGUGAUCUAGGUUCAACCCCUUGAUAGCUAGUAUUGGAAAGUUUUACUACAAGCUACAAAGUUGUUAUUUUAACAUUGCUGUAUGAAUCCAUACUGGAGCAAAUGUAUUCAUGCUACACAUUGUCACUCAUGAUAUUAAUGAGCACCAUCUUUGAGGACGUUUUUGUAAUUACAGGUUAAUAUGUAUCAUAAAAUGUUACUGCAUGAGUAAUGUUAUGAUUAGAAUGUGGCUAACUAUUACUACAGUAACUGUGUUACUGUAUGUCACAUAACAUGAAGUGAUUGUACAAUAUAGCAAGUCAUUUCUUACGCACUUACAACUUCCCUGACCUUAAAUGGUCUUUCAUACAGUGCAGUUGAUGUUUAGGGGAAGUGAAGGUAUGUGACGAAAACAGCAAAAAGUAUUUUUCGUUGAAAUCUACCCUCAGUCAUGGGUCACUUCGGGUCACAUGUUUUUAUGUGACUGCAAGAAAAUGAUGCAUUGUCCUUUUUGGGAUAGUGAGUGAAAACAUUAACACUGUAACAAUGAUAAAACCAUUACACAAUGAUUCAAAAUUCCUCAUAAAUGUCUGAUCCACACCUUGAAUGUUGAUUCUCUUCUAAUGUUAAAUUUCCCCAAACUGCAAGUCACAGUAAAAUCACACAUCAUUUUCACAACUAAUGAUAGCAUCUAAUGUACAUUCUGUCUCUGUAGAGUAGGUUAGAGCUGGUUCUACUCAGCUACUCAGUGCUUUCAUUUAGUUUUAAUUAAUUUUCUGUCAAUCAACUAAUUGAUACAUUGCUUAAUCAUUGCAGCUCAACUUGCAUUGAUAGAACUAUUCAAACCUAAGAUCUAAUUUUAUAUCUAUAUUUUUAUAUCAUAAAUAGAUUUGAUGCCUAAUUCGUGUUUGGUAUCUUCUAUAUUUCAGCGUUUUGACAAAAACUAAAAUAAUGCUCUGUGGUUCUGAACAAAGUUUGUCCAUACGAUAUGAAUAGUGUUGUGGAAUUUCUGUAAUAAAAACACAAAGAGCGAGUUGUCUGUUGGACUUUAAUUGACACACAUGCAGGACUCUUAAGUCUGGAUUAGACAGAGAGACCAAGAGUGAAGUCAAACUGAUACUUACAGUCACAGCCACACCUGAUACAGAAAGUUGCAGAAUGAAGAUCAUGAGACUACACAAACUUAAAGGUACAGUGUGUAGAAUAUAGUGGCAUCAA